UUAGCAACCUAUCUCCGUUGUCGUCAACUCCGAUGUAACCAAACACUUAUGCGCGACAGGCGUACAAUAUGAAACGACAUUAGUCGGCCGGGGAGCAGUAUUUACAGAACAGGAGCAGAGAAUCAAAGAUGGCCGCCCCCAUCACAAACGGUGGGUUGCCUGGCCCCGAUGUUGUGGAAGUGUUGCGGCCAAUUGAAAGGGGUCUGGUCGCUACCGUCUUCUUUUAUCGAAAGAAACCAGAAAGAAGAACCUUGCGGAUCAAACUAGAAACUCGACAGUUGAUGUGGAUCAAAAGCCAAGGGAGCAGGCCAGAAGGAACAGUAAAUUUGCGAGAGGUUCGUGAAAUCCGAUCGGGGAAGAACUCGAAGGAGUUUGACAAGUGGCUUGAGGAUUCUCGGAAGGCCGACACCAAGGCUUGCUUCACUCUCUUCUACGGCAGUGACUUCAAACUCAAGAGUCUAUCUGUUGUUGCCAACUCGAAGGAGGAGUUCGUGGUAUGGAUGAAGGGGCUGGACUACCUGGUCAGGGACACCAAGGAAGCCUCCUAUCAGCUGCAGCUGGAGCGGUGGCUGAGGAAAGAAUUUUACAUGAUGGAAAAGUCAGGAUCCGAAAUAGUGACUCUGAAGAAUGUGAAGGCCUGGCUGCCCAGGAUCAACUACAAGAUGUCCACCAGCAAACUCCGAGAGACUUUCCAGGAGGUUGACUCCAGUGGUAAAGGAGAGAUAGUGUUUGAACAGUUCUCCUGCCUCUACCACCGACUGGUCCAUGUGAAGAGUAUUGCCUCUGAACACUUUGAGAAGUAUUUUGAAUCGUGUGGCGAGGAAAGGAGGAUGACAGCUGAAAGAUUUCAACAAUUUUUACAUGAAGAACAAAAGGAUGGGAACGCGACAGACAUCAGCUAUGUGAGGAACCUGAUGACGACGUUCCUGGACGAGAUGGUGCGUUUGGCUGGAGGGCUCUACUUCACAGAGAUAGAGUUCGAAGACUUCUUGUUCUCGCCUCACAAUACAAUAUGGGACACAAGGAAUGAUGCCAUCACCCAUGAAAUGAAUUUCCCUCUUUCUCAUUACUGGAUCGCGUCAUCUCAUAACACAUACCUAACAGGAGAUCAGUUCUCCAGUGAAUCAUCAGUUGAAGCCUACGUCCGGUGUUUAAGAAUGGGCUGCAGGUGCCUUGAACUGGACUGUUGGGAUGGCCCUGACAGUCAUCCAUACAUCUACCAUGGCCACACACUCACUUCAAAGGUCAAAUUCCUAGAUGUUCUCAAAGUGAUCAAAGAACAUGCUUUCUCAACAUCAGCGUAUCCUCUGAUUUUGUCCAUAGAGAAUCACUGUAGUUUAGGGCAGCAGAGAAACAUGGCUAUGGCGUUCAGAGAAACAUUUGGUGAUCAUCUUCUGAUCGAGCCCAUCAGCAAAGAUGCAACAGCCUUACCGUCCCCAGCAAACCUGAAGAAUAAGAUUAUUUUGAAGCAUAAGAAGCUCCCUGAGUGGGUCGAUGGCAACGAGUGGAAGUACACAGUGUCCAACGAAGACAGCAACCUGGAUGUGGAUCUCAGCUCUUCCAUGAAGAACGGGAUGAUGUACCUCGAGGACCCAGUCGAUCAUACGUGGCACCCUCAUUUCUUUGUGUUGACCCACAACAAGCUCUACUACACCGAGGAGACCCAGACGUCCGACAUGGAUGAUGAGACCGAUGAUGAUGACAGUGCAUCUAUUGAGAACCGAGCUACAGAAGAGCUUCACUUCAGUGAGCGGUGGUUCCAUGGCCGCCUUGAGGGGGGACGUCGGCGGGCCGAGGAACUCCUCCAUCAGUACAGCUACCUCGGGGAUGGCACUUUCCUUGUCCGGGAGAGUGAUACCUUCGUUGGAGACUUCUCGUUGUCCUUCUGGCGCCAGGGUAAGGUGAACCACUGCCGCAUCAGAUCGCGACAAGAGAGAGGUCAGGUGAAGUACUACUUGAUUGACGCGGUGACCUUUGACUCCCUGUACAGCCUCAUCACCCACUACCGGCAGUUCCCACUCCGAAGCUCCGACUUCACUAUGAUCCUCAAGGAGCCUGUGCCACAGCCACAGAGUCAUGAGGGCAAGGAUUGGUACCAUGACAACAUGAGCCGGGCAGAGGGAGAGGACCUACUGAAGCGGAUGCCUCACGAUGGCUCCUUCCUGGUGCGACACAGCGGAACUGACCAAUACUCAUUCGCUAUAUCAUUCAGAGCUGAGGGCAAGAUCAAACACUGCCGUAUCAAGCAGGAGGGACGACUGUUCCUCAUCGGCAACGCUCAGUUUGAGAGUCUGGUGGAGCUGGUCACGUACUAUGAGAAGAAUGCACUGUACAAGAAGAUGAAGUUAAAACAUGCCGUCAAUCAUGAGGUCGUCAACAGGCUGGACAUGGCUGACGACGACAGCGACGCGACAGUGUAUGAGUCAUGGGUAUACCAUCUUCCCAAUCGUUAUAGGUCCAAGCUGCGAGUGAAGGCCCUCCAUGACUACCAGGCCAACCGAGCGGACGAGUUAUCCUUCCUCAAGGAGGCCAUCAUCACUAAUGUCACCAAACAAGAUGGAGGAUGGUGGAGGGGGGAUUAUGGGACGAAGAAGCAACACUGGUUUCCCUCCAACUAUGUUGAGGAGCUGGACUCCGAGAAUGAUUCUGCCGAGUCGGCACCUCUUGGAUCUUUACAGCAGGGCUCUGUAGAUGUCCAGGGAUGUAUGACAGAGGUGUCUGUGGGAAGAGGCCGGAGCUUUGCCUUCAAGAUCUUCAGCCGGUACCAGGCCCACCCCCUGGAAGUGGCUUGUGAGACGGACGCUGACAUGAAGGACUGGAUGGAGAAGAUAGCCCAUUGUUCCUCCAGUGCCGUGCAGAGGAUGUCGAAAAUAACUAAACAUGACAUUGAAAGGAUGACAUCCGAACAGAAGAUGUUGGAGAGGACGAUGAGAAUAGCUAGGGAGUUUUCGGAUCUCAUAGUCUAUUGCCGAGCCGUCCCAUUUAACCCAGAGGAAAUCCCUGGUCCAUACUACGAGAUGUCCUCAUUUCCAGAGACAAAAGUUGAGAAAUACAUCAACCGCAGCAAAGCCAAAUUUUUCCUCAGCUACCACCGUCAACAACUGAGUCGAGUGUACCCAAAAGGGCAGCGUGUUGACUCGUCGAACUACGACCCGGUCCCGAUCUGGAACACGGGGUCACAGCUCCUGGCACUGAACUACCAGACUCCGGACAAGGCCAUGCAGGUGUACCAGGGCCGCUUUCUGCAGAAUGGAAGGUGUGGCUAUGUUCUGCAGCCAGAGCUGAUGAGGGAGGAGUGCUUCAACCCCUACGAGAAGAAGUUCCUCUCCCAGAUGGAAGUAGAGCCGCUGGCACUCACCAUCAGUAUUAUUGGUGCUCGGCACCUGGUGAAGUCAGGGCGUGGCAUUGCAAGUCCAUUUGUUGAGAUUGAAGUCAUGGGAAUAGAAUGUGACAAUCAGAAGUUCAAAACGGGAACUAAAGUUGACAAUGGUUUGAAUCCGGUGUGGAAUGAGGGAUGUAUGUUUGACAUCUAUUGCCCUGAGAUGGCCAUCAUCAGGUUUGCUGUCAUGGAUGAAGACAUCUUUGGAGACCCCAACUUCCUUGGUCAGGCCACCUUCCCUGUACCAGGCAUUCGCUCAGGUUACCGUAGCAUUCCUCUGAAGAAUGGCUACAGUGAAGAACUGGAACUGGCAUCACUGAUGGUCAGCAUCGACAUGAGGAACCCCAAGGAGGGUGAGGAGAGCCACAUCUAUGCCUCCAUCCAGCAGCUGUGUGAUGAGUCUGACAACCUGGAGGCUGUGAUCGAGGACCUGGACCAGCGGGGGGACAAGGAGUCGGCCAACAUCAAGCGGGUUGAGCUGGAGGAGACGCAGGGGCUGCUGCUGGCCAAGAGAGAGGAGCGGAGGAUGAGGAAAUCUGCCAUCAGACAUCAGAUCAUCUACAGACGCCAGUCAAACAACUGAAGGAAGCUGCUAAUGGUUGUUGGACCACAGGAACCACAGAUGUGUACAGCGUUCCAACGAGGAUGCAGAGAUACGUCCUGUAUAUAUGGGUCAAUCAGUUAUGUCCAUUUAAUAUGAUAUAGUAUUCCGUGUGCAGAAUAUCCCACUUUGAUGCCUCAAGUGUUCCUUACUGAUGAAGUUCAUAACAAUGUCAUAUGACCAGAGUGAUACACAUGCAUGUUUGGGGCUGAUGUUCCAAGUUAGAUUGGCCCAGGUCAUGGAUGGAACAUGCAAUUUCAAGGCUGUUGGAGUGAAAGAAGCUCCAAGACAGCAAGAGUCCGGUAUGACCUUUUCACAGCCUGCCUUAGACCGAGAAGAAAGACACAAGGAGAGCUUGUAUGUGUGGCAAGGCCAGACAAGGUAACAAAUAUGUGAUCUGGCUAUGUUUUCAAAUUACAUAAAAUGGCCGACACAUUGUGUUGAGAUUGUGUUCAGGGAUGUGAAGCAUCUUCACCUGUUGCGUCUGAUGUUAAUAAUAGGUCGGUGUCUUUGUUCAGAUAAGCUGACAUGUGUUUUAUUUGAAAGUUUUUUUGGUAGCUCAACACAUCAGGACCCACUUGCACAAAGCGAUAUUAGCUAAGAGUUACGAUCAUCUUAGCGCUAAGAUCGCUUUGUGCAAGUGGGCCCAGGAGCUGGUUGAUCUUUCCGAUAUGUUUUGUCUCUUAUGUGUUAGCUAUUUGGAUCCUGGAUGGUAUUGAUGGAAGAGGGUUAAGAGUAGUUAGAUAGCCUCAUCAGUCACAACAACCAUGUUACCAUAGUUACCGGAUACAUGAACAAUUAUGAGAUUUUUUCUGUAUGAGAUUCAGAAGUAUCAACUGUCAAAUGUUAACCAAUUGGUCAAACUGGUCAGUUUUAUUGUUUGACCGUAAACUGAUCUUAACAUGUGCAUCCUUAGGCAACACCUUUCAGAACUGAAUUUGAACUGAAUAAUUUUCUCAGUUUGUAUGUACCCCGAGGCAUGUCACAUAAGCAUUGGUACCAAAAAAUACAUACAUUGGCUCUGAUCAAAAUGUGAUCCGACUGAACCGAUUAAGCAUUAAGAAACUAAAAGUCCCAUGAACUGGACAGCCCAGUUGAGCACAGUUUGGUUGUGUUUUGCAGCAUGGAAGUCGAUGGUGGUCCAUGGCAAGACCAGUAGGGUACGAUAUCAAUGUGAGCGUUACUUGUAAAUUGUGUGACAAUCCCUGUAUUAAAGUCCAUGCUUAUUGCAUGAUAGAGAUAUUAAAUGUUGUUCAUAUGAAACAAUAGACUUCAAUGACAAGUCAGACUCUGAGAUUGUUUACAGAUUAUCCUGACCCCAAAAUUAUGAAAGUGAAUUUUUAUGAACUUUUUCGAUUCCCUGAAAAGGAAAAGUUACAUGUUCAAAC